GGCACACAAAUAAGUGGAUUAAUACGUUACAAACAAUUGGGCUUAUUUCGUGAUGUCUUUAAAGAAGGCGAUGUGUAUUGCAUCGGGAACUAUGGUCUAAAACCCAAUAAUCGACGGCAAAGGGUGAACAUAAGUCAUACCUUAAAUUUGACUCACUAUUACACCAUUCUAAAUUUGACUAAAGACUGGACAGGGUGUAUACCGCCACAUCGUUUGAGGUCACCACCUCCUUUACCUGUCCAGCAUCCACGUCCUAGGACCGUUGUUUGGCUGAAACCCAAGGCCCCUUGGGUUAAGCUAAACACUGAUGGCACUUUCGACAGACAUACCGGAGCUGCUGGAGGAGGGGGCCUGAUUAGGGAUCACGGUGGGGCCUCAUCUCUGCCUUCAAUGGGCCACUCCAGGCCUCCUCGAGUUAUGAUGCAGAGAUUCAGGCGCUCCAGAUUGUAUCCAGACUCAGGAGCAUCUGCACAUGUCACAAAUGAGCUUGGAAACCUCAACAUAGCCUCUGAGUAUGAUGGUCAAAAUCAACUCCAAGUGGGAAAUGGCAGUGGUGUUUCUAUCAGUCACAUUGGUAAUACUUUUCUUAAAUGUCCAGAUGCAUCAAAGGCCUUCAUUCUUAAAGAGCUUUUACAUGUUCCUUGCAUUACUAAGAACCUUAUCAGUGUGUCUAAGUUUGCUCAUGACAAUGAUGUGUAUUUUGAAUUCUAUCAUACCUUUUGUCUUGUCAAGGAUCAAACAACUCAAGCAACACUUCUCAGAGGGAAGGUUAAGAAUGGGCUUUACCAGUUCAAUUUCCAGCCAGUGAAGAAGUCUCAAGCUUU